AUGUCUACAAGUUCUAUUACUUUGGUUAGUGGCGAAUCCAGGGAGUUUCAUUUAGACCCUGAUUUUUCGUAUUCUGCCAACAAAAAACAGGAGACUCCACUUUACAUAGCAGCUAGGAGGAGAGGAUCUGGGCGCUUGUUGACUCUAUUAUUAGAUCAAUUGAAAUCAACUGCUCAUUGCGGUCCCCACGGUAGAUCAGCUUUGCAUGCAGCAGCUAUGGCUGGAGAUGCAGAGGCAAUAAGGAUAAUAUUAGCGAAGAAUGGGAAUUUGACAAAGGAAAGAGAUGAAGAUGGACACACCCCUCUUCAUUAUAUAUGCUGCACACUUGGGUUCUAGAUUAUCAGUUGUAGAAGAACUGUUAAAAAGGGAUGUGUCAGCUGCCUAUAUAGGUGAUAAAAAGAGGGGAU